CGCAGCAAGCUAGCGGCGGAUGCAGAAGAAUUCGGGAUUUCUCUCCACGUUUUCCUCCAAAACAAACACAAUUUUGGAAUCGGCAGGUGCAAUAUCGAUUUCACUGCAUCCACAAUCAAUUCCACAUUAUUGUGAUUUCCAGAACACGGGUUACAUUGUUGGCGAAGCACCGGAGCAGCUAACAGCUAUGGCGAACUCAGAAGAGCUUGACCCCAACUUCCCUCCAGGGCUUCACUUGGUCUCCGCCUUCCUCGCCAUGGAGCCUUCCGACUCGUUAAUCUCCAUUGCAAGGGCGUGCGGCGGAGGGAUUGUUUCCGAGAAUGUCCAGAGGUUUAUAUGGGAGCAGUGCAUAAACCAAGCUGCUGCCAUAGGUUAUGCACCUUAUGUGAGGAAUUUUGUGAAGAAGCUUAUUUUUGAAGUAGAGUCAACUCACGGGUGUGUGUUGGAUGAAUUAUACGAAAAUUAUGGUUAUUACAUGACGUCGUUGAAGGAGGACAGUUUAGGCAGAGGAAAAGCCUGCAAACACAUUUCCUUUCUUUUCACAGAUGGUUCUCUUGAACUUUCAAAUUGUCCCAAAUCGAGAAAAUUUGUCGUUCCACUCAAUUGCUCACUUAACAUGCUUGAAGGAGACACCGGGUGUUCGGUUUGGCCUUCAAGUCUGUAUUUGUCCGAGUUUAUACUUUCUUUCCCAGAUAGAUUCUCCAAUAAAACCUGCUUUGAGGUUGGUUCUGGCGUUGGCUUGGUUGGAAUUUGUCUUUCUCAUGUCAAAGCUUCUAAGGUUGUAUUAUCUGAUGGCGAUCUGUCAACUUUUGCUAAUAUGAAGCUUAAUUUGGGAUUGAACCAUAUAAGCACCAGAAUGGAUGUGCUAGAGAAAUCUGACAAGGAACUAAAUCUGGUAAAAUCUGACAUUGGGAGUAAUUCUGAGGUGCAAUGCAUUCACCUGUCUUGGGAAUCUGCUGCUGAAGCCGAACUUCAGGAGUUCAUGCCUGACAUAGUUUUAGGCGCUGAUGUAAUCUACGACCCAGCAUGUCUUCCUCAUCUUGUUAGAGUACUUGCAACCUUAUUGAAGCAAAGGCAAGUAACUACUCAGACAAGGACCAGCAACUGCCAGGAGGACAUUGUCAAUGAAGGCAGAGCUGAAGAAGCUGAGAAUGAUGAACAAGCAUAUGUUGAGUCAACGAAAACCCCUGUUGGUUACAUUGCUUGUGUGAUACGAAACAUCGAUACCUUCAAUUGUUUCCUAGACCUAGCAGAGCAUGCUGAUCUUACAAUCAGAGACAUAACCGAUACAGCGAGGCCAUUGAAGUUGCUUCCUUAUAUGAGCUCUUACAAUCCUUCUUGUAUCCGCUUAUUUACUGUAACUUCCAAUUGUUGAAAAUACCGGAACGUUGAGUUCCUUACUUUCCAAAUAGCAGUUUGUCUCCAUGUUCAUGUGAAAGUUCUCGAGUGAUUUCAUUCUUCUGUUACCUCAUUUUUCCGUGACUCGAAAGCCUUUCUUUCCAUGCAUUUUCACUUUCCCCAUAGAUACAUUAAUUAAUUAGCCAAAAUCACGCGGGCCAAUGAGAUUAUGGCAGAGACCCGGGCGUUUUUGUUUUUACUUUUAGCAGAACAUUUUUGAAAAGAUUCCGUCCCAUGCCACAGCAAACCAAAAAGAUUAGACAAAGCAAGAUGUUUGCUGUUUAAUUUUUAGUCUGAAUCUAAUUCUAAAAUCUUCGUUCACCUUCGCCAGGUUACUAUUGGUUAUUGACUGUGUUCAUCAAGAUUCCGAAAGGAAGGAAUUCGACCGAUCGUUGCCGAAAUGGGUAGUGGAGGAAAGGCGGUGGAGGUCAUCCAUGCAUGGUCAUCUCCGAGGUCUCUCAGCACCAGCCUCAUGUACUCUUUUGCUCAGGUCGUCUUCUCUUCGAGCUAUUGAUUCAUCAGUUAGUCUCUGGUUAUAUUUCCUUGUACUGGUUUUCUGAUGGUGGGUGGUGAAGCAUACCUCAAAUUGAGUGAGUUUGAACCGGAAAGUUAGUGCUUGUUGGGAUCAGCGGAUACAAAUUUGUUUGAAAAUGGGGGACUUAUGUGAUUCCUACUGGUGAUUGUUCGUUUUUGACUUCUGGGUCUUGCUUAAGUUGACGAUUGAACUAGUUCAGUUUCAAUGAUUUUUGUGCUUAGUUUUCAAAGAUACUAGAAUUAAUACCUGCGGCGUAACCAAAGUUUGCAACAACAUGAUCCUUUGAUGGGCAGUUUAGGUAAUGGCUGAUGGCAAACUGGGAUCGUUGUAUCUUGUAUUCUUGGCGAUGACCCGAUUUUUUGUUGAGUUCUAUAGUCCCCUUUCAGUUUAAUAUUCUCUGACAUUCUGUUCACGUAUCUGUUUGCCAAUAACUAAAUAAGGUUGGG